UCUUUCAGGGCCUGGGCGAUCACGCCAGCUCCGGACACCUGCUUCUCUCCUUCCUCGCCGCGCCGCUGCAAGUCGCUCUCCGGCAUGUUCCUCCUGCCAGUGCUGACCCGGCUCACGCACUCCGCAGACCCCAGAACAGCGGUCUGCAAGAUGUCUGGAGCCAGCCGUCAGCUCACCCUCCUCCUCCUCCUCCUCCGCUGCUGCGUGGCUGCCCGGGAAGUCCACGCUGGGGAACAGUGCGCGGCUGCAGGCUGCGAGGCCGGGUACUACACAGCCGCCGUGUUCGAGCACCGGCCCUUCUUGAGCCCAGACCCUCUGGCGCUCGUCAGUCGCCAGCAGGCCUUGGAGCUGAUCAACAGGAACCUGGACAUGUACGAGCAGCAAGUGGCGGCCGCGGCCCACAAGGGCGCCCAGAUCCUAGUGUUUCCAGAAGAUGGCCUGCAUGGAUUCAACUUCACAAGGCUGUCCAUCUACCCGUUUCUUGACUUCCUGCCACACCCCCCUUUGCUCAGCUGGAACCCGUGCCUGGAGCCCCACCGUUUCAACGAUACGGAGGUCCUUCAGCGCCUGAGUUGUAUGGCCAUCAAGGGGGAGAUGUUUUUGGUGGCCAAUCUUGGGACCAAACAGCCCUGCCUUGGCAGCGACCCCGGGUGCCCCGAGGACAGGAGAUACCAGUUUAACACCGAUGUCGUGUUCAGCAGCAACGGAACCCUGGUCGGCCGCUACCGCAAACACAACCUCUACUUUGAGGCAGCUUUCGAUACCCCGCCUACCGCGGACCUCACCACCUUUGAGACCCCGUUCGCCGGCAGCGUUGGCGUCUUCACCUGCUUCGACAUCCUGUUCUUCGACCCCGCCGUGAAGCUCAUCCGAGACACUCGGGUGAAGCACGUGGUGUACCCCACCGCCUGGAUGAACCAGCUCCCACUCCUGGCAGCCAUCCAGAUCCAGAGAGCUUUUGCCAUUGCCUUUGGCAUCAACGUGCUGGCCGCCAACAUCCACCAUCCCUCUCUGGGCAUGACAGGAAGUGGUAUUCACACUCCUCAGAAGUCCUUCUGGUACCAUGAUAUGGAGGACCCUGAGGGCCGCCUCCUAGUCGCUCAGGUACCCAGAGAUCCACUGAGUCUCGUCAGCCCAGAGAAUGCGGUUGACAAAGUGGACCCCUCCCACCAUCCAUUUCUAGAAGUCUUGGCAGGUGACCCAUCCUGCGAGAGGGACAGCGGAGGAGUCCCUUGUGAGGAGGCGCCCACGCACAGCCUGCCCACAGCCCCCACGUUCCACGCUGAGAUGAUGUACGACACGUUCACUCUGGUCCCUGUCCACGAGAAGGCGGGCUACCUCCAAGUGUGCUCCAGUGGCUUGUGCUGUCAUCUGCUUUACAAGAGGCCCAGCCUGUCCCAGGAGCUGUACGCGCUGGGGGUCUUCGAGGGCCUGCACACGGUGCAUGGCACAUACUACCUCCAGGUCUGUGCCCUGGUCAAGUGCGGGGGUCUGAGCUCCGACACCUGUGGCCAGGAGGUCACAGAGGCCACGGGCGUUUUCGACCUACAGCUGUGGGGGAACUUCAGCACUCCUUACAUCUUCCCUUUGCUUCUGACUUCGGGGAUGGUUUUAGAGACUCCUGACCAGCUGGGCUGGGAGAGUGACCACUAUUUCCUGAGGAAGAGAGAGCUGUCUUCCGGCCUGGUCACGGCAGCUCUCUAUGGGCGCGUGUAUGAGAGGGACUAGGGCCAGGCCAUGUGCUCUUCGGGGUGACACGGGCCUCU